AUGGAGAAGAAGGUUAAGGCAGGUUUAGUGAAUAGUGUUUUAAUUUCCAUAAUUAUUAUUCUCGGGAUCAUAAUCACGCAUCUUUCGUUUUACAAUAGCCUCCGGGAUAUGAUUUUCAAGAAUCCAGAGAAUAUAAUUCUAAUGAACAAAAGGGACAUAGAAAAAAAUAUCUAUGGAGAUAGAAUGAAAAUCCAGAUUCCUCCCGAGAGCCUAUCUGAGGAAAUGUGGGCGGGGUUUGAAAGCUUGUGCACAAAUGCAAUUAUAAUUGUCUCCCAGGGAGACUAUGUUAAGGUCUUCAAUAUUAUCUCUAGAAAGAUGAACCAGUAUAAACAUAACGAAUACAUUAAGCAUCUAGAAAGUAUUGGAAAUUAUCUGUUUUUCUUGAACAACUCCAAUUAUAGCAUUCGCAACUUUCUAAGAGAUUCAUUGGGAUAUGACGGGCGAAACGUAAUUGAGGAUUCCCCCAUGAUAUAUGGAUGUCUAAUACUUCCUAACACAGAUGGAGGACUCAAAUUCAUGUCGAAGUCAAAGAUAAUGGAUGUCAACUGCAAUUGGGAAAAUAUUAUGGGAUAUAUAUAUCUCGACCAGAAUAUGUGA